AUGUCGGUUAAGGUCGAGCUAAGUGGAGAGAUACCCGUACUAACGUACGCACGCGCUGACUCUCAUCAGGCUACAAUGCCUGAACCUCCACGGGAUACCAUAGUUCCUGUUAAUGGGUUCAUUGAUUGGAGUAAGUCAGUGACUGCACAUCCAAGUGUUCUGACAGUUACCCGUAAGUGGACUGUUCUAGUUAUUCUGUCGCUUUUGGUUGGGUACAUUACUACAGUCAUAGACCUCGCCUCGGUGUGGAUGAAUGAUCUUAAAAAAGGUUAUUGUUUUAGUAAAAUUGAUAAGUGGUCGCUAUUAUCUCCAUAUUCCACUUGUCCAGCUGAAGAUUGGCAUGAUUGGUCUAGAAUUCUCUUUGGCUCUACCGGGGCUGCUCUGACCUUUUUUGUGAACCUCCCCAUUUAUACAAUCUUUGCCGUGGUGAUAACGGGUGCUGCAUGCUUUGUCACUUAUCGUGCUCCACAGAUCAAACUGUCAGGAAUUCUGGAGAUUAAAGUGAUUAUUCUGGGACUUAAUUAUGAUCUUUCUCAGUAUUUAGGUCUUCGUACCUUAUUUUACAAGAUCACUGGGUUGAUUCUUGUAGUGAGUUCAGGUCUUUGGUUGGGUAAAGAAGGUCCUUUGGUACAUGUUGCUUGUUGUAUCUUGAACAUUGUCUACAAUUAUGUCUUCCAAGUCGGUGACAUUGAUGGAGACUCCGCCAACUCCUUCCUACGCAGAGAACUCUUGAGUGCUGCCGCGUCCACUGGGAUCUCAGUAGCGUUUAAUGCCCCCAUUGGUGGGGUUCUCUUCAUGGUGGAAUCCGCUCAAAGUUUUUAUAUGCCCACAAAAAUCAUGUGGAACUCAUUUGUGAGUGCCACCAUUGCCGUGGUUGUCUUGACCAGUUUUAAAAUCUUUACUGAUGGAGAAAACUUUCUUGAAAGAGAUUUAUUUCAAGUGGAAUUUGGUAAUUUUAGUUGGGUCUUCAUCGAAUUUGUACCAUACACAUUAUUGGGAGCAUUAGGAGGUGUAUAUGGAUAUUUAUUCAUUAAAUUGAACACUCUCUAUAGAGUCAAGGGGAUUAGAAUAUCAGUUCAACGCCGUUUAUGUCAAUUGUUCCGGGUGGAUCUUCAUAAAUAUGGCAAUUAUUUGGAAGUAUUCCUUUUACUAGCUGUCACGAUUAUAUUGAAUUUCCCCAUGGAAAUCACUCGUUUACCACUUCAUGCAUACGUGAAGAUCCUCUUUACUGAUUGUCCUGAACCAAAGGAUGAUGAUACCACUUCCCAAUCAACAACAUUCAUUUGUAACUCAUCCAACGGUAUGUCAAUCUUGAAACUUUUCUACAUUUUUGUCCAAGGGUUUCUACUUUCAACGUAUACUUACGGAGUCCAUCUUCCAGGAGGUGUCUUGAUGCCUUCACUUGCCCUUGGUGCAACUGCAGGGAGGUUAGUUGGGUUAAUCUCGCAAUCGAUUCAAGAUCUGCUCCAUAUUGGCUCUCUAGCAGAAUGUACUAAGAAAACAUGUUUAGUAUCUCCAUCUUCUUAUGCAGUGGUUGGUGCUGCUUCAUUCAUGUCUGGGAUUACAAAGCUUACCAUGUGUGUUGUGGUGAUCAUUUUUGAACUUACUGGUGCUGUAAGUUAUGUUCUCCCCAUCAUGUGUGCAGUUAUGGUACUGAAGUUUGUCAAUGAUUGGAUAUGCACUGAUAAUAUUUAUGAUACAUGGCUCAAAUAUGAGUUUAAUAGGGGCGCUGGCCAGUUGGUCUCUAGUAAGAUAAAUGAGGGUAAAGGCUCUGGAUUAUGUGAAUUUACCAAUGCAACAUCAACGGUCAAAAACUUACUUCCUGAUGUUACCACUCUGAGAAUUCAAAUACCUUUGGAACGUACUAGAUGCAUUCAGCUUAUUCAAAAAUAUACAAGGGAGGAAAUUGAAGAUUUCAUACAUAGUGAUACUCACGAGGGAUACCCCUUGAUUGGAAGUAUAAGGAAUCCAGUUAGUCUUGGUUACAUCUCCAAGGAAGUAUUACAAAGACUGAUCCAAGCUAUAACAACUCCUCUGAACCCAUUCCGAUUCAGUAUAUCCGAGAAACUCCCUACAUCAGUGAUAUCUGAUGAACUUCAUUAUUUCCAACAAUUUGAAGAUAUUCAAGUUUGUUUCUUGGACACAGUGGAAAAGAGUCAUUUUUAUAUCAGUGAACUUACUCCACUCAUAUCUUUACUUGAAAUGUUUGAGAAAUUGCACCUCAAUCACUGUAUCGUGAUGCGUGCCGGUAGUGGCUCUGGUAGUGACUCAAUGGCCGGUACAGACCCAUUGAUGACAGGUUUUGUCGAUAGAUUUGUUCUUGCCCAACUCAUAAACCUGAAAUUUUCCACUUUAAAAGAUGAGCUAGUUGGACGAACUGAUGAUGUGGAGCAAAGACUUACAGAUUAUGAAAGAGAUGGACAUAGUUUAGAGUUUAUUACGUAG